UUGACCGCCAAAUGUUUUAAGUUUCUAUAAUGAGUUACCCCUUGGAAGGCGCUAUUCAAGGAUAUCGAUUUAACUGGGAUGGAAAAUGUAACUUCUCCGAAGUUUGUUUGGUUGUUCUGGUUGAAGGAUGGAUAAGCUAAAAAUAGCUACUGAGAAGGAUCUGAAGGAGGCAGCAGCCAUUGAGAGGCGUCGAAUGAGAGAGGAAGACCGCAAAAAGAGGAUUUUUGAUCCAAAAGCACGAACCAUUGGAGUAGAUUCUGAUGCUCUUCGUGGGCAGAUUGAGGAGAAACGCCAGCUAGAGGCUGAGCAGGAAGAGCUACAGAGAAGAUUUGUCGCUGAGGAUAGUCGCUGCGCUGAAAUUGUGCAGCUACUGGAGGAAGAGGCUAAGUGUCAGCAGAGGAAGUUUACUGAGGACCUCAAUGACUUCCGGAGGCGAUUCCAGCGCCGCGAAGAUACACGGGAAUGGGAUCUCAAUGAUCCAUGGGGCAAAUGGAAGACCCCACCGGCGAGGAUUAGUGAUACUGAUCCGAGAUUGAGUGUUUCUGGUGGACAGAGAUUCCUCGGAGAGGACUUGGCACUCAAGCAGCGUCGGCAGAUGCAGAUGGAGCAACAGAGGGAGUGGCUGCAGCACCAAAUGGCCGAAAGGCGGCGCCGGGAAGAGGAUCAGCGAAAAGCGGAUUUGGCUAUGCAAAAAGCCAUUGAGGCUCGUGAUAGAGUCGCCAUUGAUUUGGAAAGGAGUGAACGCAGCAACAGACGCAAAUGCCUGGAGGAAGAUGCAAAGAUUAACCAGCAACUGGCCAGGGAACGCUACGAAAAGGAUCUCAAGACACGUCAGAGGGAAUAUGAAGACAACUUAGCGGAAAUGUGCAAUUUUGUGACCAGUGAUAUGCUAACUGAGAAUCCAGAAACUGCCAAAAGUGCUUUUGGACCAGGCAGAAAGAUUCCCUACAUGUACCGUGGAAUGUCUCCGGAGGAGAUUCGUCUCUAUCGACAAAAUCAGCUGGAGCAAAUAGCUGAGAAGAAGGAACGUGAACGUGGUGAGAGGAUGUGGGAGGAUCAAUGGGAGGGAUUGGAGAGGAAAUUUGCUAGAAUGUCAGCAAUUGAGGAACGAGCCAUAAAUCGACGCGAGAGAGCACACAGCACGAAAAUUCAGCAGGAAAAUCAGACUUUGGCUACAGAACAGAAAAUUCAAUUGGAUCACUUGAAUGGUGUCGUCUAUCGAAAUUCACCGACAAAUGAGUAUUUCUCUCAAUUCAAUACUACAUCUCGCUAGGAGUCCGGAAACAGCUGAAACAGGUAAUGAUUUUAUCAAUAUUCAUUGAUUUUAUCAUAUCCUCCCAAGAAUUUUACUCCUUGUUCGGAUACUGCAAUUUCUCAUCGAAUUAGUAUACAGUUGGGGAACAAUAAAGAUUUG